CUGUCAGUCUAAAAACAGACUGAGUGCUGCUCUGUCCGCAGUCUGCAGGCCUUCACUGCUCCACUCCUUCUUCUUCUUCUUCUUCUUCUUCUUCUUCUUCACUUCUUUAUUUUAUCUAACGUCCUCCCCCGUCCUGUCCGGGUGACGGCUGUCUCCCCCGAGUUCCUCACCCACUGAGACAUCAUGGAGAGUCUGGAGAAGCAGCUCAUCUGUCCCAUCUGUCUGGAGAUGUUCACCAAGCCGGUGGUCAUCCUGCCCUGCCAACACAACCUCUGCAGGAAGUGUGCCAAUGACGUGUUCCAGGCUUCCAAUCCCUACCUGUCGACGAGGAGCGGCUCCACGGUGACAUCAGGUGGUCGUUUCCGCUGCCCUUCCUGCCGACAUGAGGUGGUUCUGGAUCGGCACGGUGUGUAUGGGCUGCAGAGGAACCUGCUGGUGGAGAACAUCAUCGACAUGUACAAACAGGGCAGCAGCAGCAGGCCGGUCCCGGAGGUGAAGGUGGAGCAGCCGAUGUGUGAGACUCAUGAAGACGAGAAGAUCAACAUCUACUGCGUCACCUGCAGCGCCCCCACCUGUUCUCUGUGUAAAGUGUUCGGAGUUCACAAAGACUGUGAGGUCGCUCCGCUGGACGCCGUCUUCCACAAGCAGAAGGCCGAGCUGACUGACUGUAUCUCCAUGUUAGUCGGGAACAACGAGAGGACGCAGGCCAUCAUCAGUCAGCUGGAGGAAACCUGCAGAGCUGUGGACGAGAAUGGUCGCAGGCAGAAGUCGAAGGUGUGCGAGACGUUCGAUCACCUGUAUGCUCUGAUGGAGGAGAGGAAAGGCGAGAUGACUCUGAGGAUCAACUCCGAGCAGGAGGAGAAACUCGACUACAUCAGAGGUCUGAGGAGGAAGUACACCGAACACCUGGAGAGCACCGCCAAGCUGCUGGAGACCGCCAUCCAGACCAUGGAUGAGUCCGAGAUGGCUGUGUUCCUGCAGACAACCAAACCUCUGCUACAGAAGAUCAUGGAGGGAACCAACACGUCUCACAUGGAUAAAGUCCAACAUGGCUACGAGAAAAUGGAUCACUUCACGGCUAACUUUGAGCGUCAGAGGAGAGCGCUGAUGAGCGUCGACUUCAUCAAACUUGAUGAAGAUGAUGAAGACGAUGAAGACGAAGCAGUGGAGGUCAGAGGGACGACCUCACCCAAUCAGCAGCCUGCGCCGCCUCCUGUUCAGCCUGCAGGUGUUCAGCUCUCAGCCCCGCCCCCUCAGAGACCCCCAGAGGCUCCGCCCACUGUGACACAGACACCAACGCAGUCAAAAAGCCCCACCCCCUCCGCAACCACACAGGCCCCUCCUCCUCCACCCCUCCCCACUCAAGGCCCCGCCCCUUCGCUGCUGCAGGUCCAGUCUGAUCAGCAGAACGAGUCGGAGGACAAAGAUGGACCCAAACACGUCUUCUCCUUCAGCUGGCUGAACCAGAAGUGACAUCAGAUCAGGACCUGGAUCAGUCUUUUAUUUAACAUCAGUAAUGUUCACACGUGUUUUUACUGUCACUGUGACAUCACUGUGACGUCACUGUGACAUCACUGUGACAUCACUAUUACAGGAUGUUUGCUGAGUUUGUUCUGAAUCUAACAGAUGUAAAUCAAUAUUUAAAAAUGUGAAACAUUUUGUGGUUUAAACUCAAACUCUCAGUUUGUUUCUUCGGGUCAAAUAUUUUCUGUUCAUGUGUCAAAUAAAUGAUUCUGUUUUUAUUAUGAA